AUGAAAUUAAUCACCAUCCUUUUUCUUUGCUCCAGGCUGCUACCAAGUUUAACCCAGGAGUCCUCGCAAGAAAUCGACUGCAACGACCAGGAUGUAUUUAAAGCUGUGGACGCUGCUCUGAAGAAAUAUAACAGUGGAAACACAAGUAGCAACCAAUUUGUGUUGUACCGUGUAACUGAGGUCAUCAGGACGGAUGAUCCUGACACGUUUUAUUCCUUCAAAUACCAAAUCAAAGAGGGUGACUGUCCUGUUCAAAGUGACAAAACCUGGCAGGAUUGUGACUACAAUGACUCUGCACAAGCUGCUACAGGGGAAUGCACAGCGACGGUGGCGAAGAGGGGGAAUAUGAAGUUCUCCGUGGCUACCCAGACCUGCCAGAUUACUCCAGCCGAGGGCCCCGUGGUGACAGCCCAGUACAACUGCCUUGGCUGCCUGCACCCCAUAUCAACCGAAAGCCCCGAGUUGGAACCUGUUCUGAGACACGCCAUUCAACACUUUAACAACAACACCCAUCACCCCCACCUCUUUGAUCUUAAAGAAGUAAAAAGGGCCCAAAGACAGGUGGUGGCUGGAUGGAACUAUGAAAUUACUUACUCAAUUGUGCAGACUAAUUGUUCCAAGGAGAAUUUUCUAUUCUUAACUCCAGACUGCAAGGCCCUUUCAAAUGGUAAUAUCGGUGAAUGUACAGAUAAAGCAUACGUGGAUAUCCAGCUAAGAAUUGCUUCCUUCUCGCAGAAAUGUGACCUUUAUCCAGGGGAGGAUAUUGUACAACCACCCCCGAGGAUUUGCGCUGGCUGCCCCAUAUCUAUACCUGUCAACAGCCCAGAGCUGGAGGAGCCUCUGGAUCAUUCCAUCGCAAAGCUUAAUGCAGAGAAUAAUGGAACCUUCUAUUUCAAGAUUGACACUGUGGAAAAAGCAACAGUGCAGGUGGUAGCUGGAAAAAAAUAUUCUAUUGUGUUCACGGCCAGGGAAACCACAUGUUCUAAGGAAAGUAAUGAAGCGUUGAACAAAAGUUGUGAGAUCAAUAAACAUAGUCCAAUUCUAAACUGUAAAUCUGAUGUUUACGUGGUACCUUGGGAGAAAAAAAUUUCCCUUACUGUCAACUGUCAAUCACUUGGACAGACCUCACUGAUGAAAAGGCCUUCAGGUUUUUCACCUUUCCGAUCAGUACAAGUGGAGAAAACUAAAGAAGGAACAAUCAGGCACGUAAAGUCUUGUGAGUACAAGGGCCGACCUCAAAGAGACGGGGCAGAGCCAGAAUCUGAGAGUGAGGUCAACUGACUGGUGGGCAGAAUCUCCACAGCUGGCACAAUUGCCCCGACAACCUCUGUCAGCAGCCCUGCGUGGAAGGACAAGAAGGUGGGAUAGAAUUUAAAUAGAGAAGAACGCCAUUUUAUCCCUCUGUGGCUGGGUGAAAUAAAGUUC